UGGGGCUGCUGUGAGGAGAGACUGGUUGCGUGGCUGCAGCUGCGCCGCGCUCCGCAGCGCCCCGUACCGGCCGGGCCGCCUCACUGCGAGGAGACGGAGCUGUGUGCGCCCGGUGAGCGACUGCCGCUGAAGAGACGACACCGCUGUCUGCACUCAGCUUGACCUGCAACUGGCAAUGGACUACAUGAACAACGCCUCAAACAGCUACAGUUCUGGGGACACCAUGAGCGCCUCCUUAGCCAACAUGACCAUCAACGACCAGCACCACCAGGAGAACGGAGUCGCCAAAAUGAAAGAGGAUGAAGCAGCGUUCAGUGAAAACGGAGUGAAAUCUGUGUCUGAGCUCUCUCAGCCAGAGAGCAGCCACUGUGAGGACGAGGUGCAGCCUGCGGAGUUGGCUGCAGAGAAAGAAGGAGCUGAAGGUGUGUCUGAGCUCUCGGGUAUAGAGAGCGCCUCGAGUGAAGAUGGAAGUCAACUUGCGGGAGGAGCAGCUUCAACAGCUCAAGCGAAAAUGGAUAAUGGAGAUAAGACUCAAACUGUCACCACGCCACCCUCUUCCCUUAAACAACCGUCUGUGGUCACCAAGGGCAACAAAUCACACGCAUCUUCCCGUAACGGCCACAGCUCCAUCCCUGUUAAAGCCGGCAGCACAGGGCCCAGGCAGCCCGAAACUGGUGCAAAACCUCAGACCCCCGGAGCCAGAACUUCUGCCAGAACUGGAGCUCAACCAGCUAGUGCCAAGAAACUCCCCACUCCAAAAAUUGAGAAAGAUGCCAAGAGUGGACAGAGCAGCCCUGGUACUCCCAAAUCCCCUUCUAGCCAAGCGCUCUCCGCGAAGUCUGCAGCUGAGGCCAACAAAGUGAAGAAGGUGGCAGUGGUGCGCUCCACUCCCAAAUCCCCGGCCUCGCUGAAGAGCCGCCCGCCGGCCCCUCUAGCCGCCGCAGCGCCGAUGCCCGACCUGAAGAACGUCAGGUCCAAGAUCGGCUCCACAGACAACAUCAAACACCAGCCCGGAGGUGGAAAGGUAAAAAUCCUUGAUCAGAAGGUGGACUUUUCUAAUGCGCAGUCUAAGUGCGGCUCCAAAGACAAUAUCAAACAUGUACCCGGUGGCGGCAAUGUUCAAAUCCUCGACAAGAAGCUGGACUUAACCAACGUCCAGGCGCGCUGCGGUUCUAAAGCCAACCUGAAGCACACGCCUGGUGGCGGCAAGGUACAAAUUCUUGAUAAGAAGUUGGAUUUAACCAAUGUGCAGUCCCGGUGCGGCUCCAAAGAUAAUAUAAAACAUGUACCCGGUGGUGGCAAUGUUCAGAUUGUGCACAAGAAGAUCGAUCUGAGCAACGUCACUUCUAAAUGUGGAUCAAAAGGCAACCUGCAUCACAAGCCGGGAGGUGGAAAUAUUGAGAUCAAAAACGAGAAGCUGGAGUUCAAAGUUCAGUCCAAGAUCGGCUCUCUGGACAACAUUGGCCACGUCCCUGGAGGCGGACAGAGAAGGAUUGAGAGCCACAAACUGACCUUCCGCGAGACUGCCAAGGCCCGCACCGACCACGGCGCCGAGAUCGUCGCCUUGGAAGACUCCCCCCACCAGCUCAGCACCGUGUCGUCCUCCGGCAGCAUCAACAUGGCCGACUCUCCGCAGCUCUCCACGCUGGCCGACCAGGUGUCCGCCUCCCUGGCCAAACAAGGCUUGUGAACGCGCCCUAACCCUCCACCCUCCACCCUCCACCUUGAUCACACAUAGAGGAGUUGUGAUGCCUUCCUCGUUAUUUUCACAGGACUUUUUUAGCUACCCAUCACUGUUUAUCCUCCACUAACCAUUGAAACUUUUCUUGAGGCGUUACCAUUAGAGGUCUUGAGACAAAAACAAAUGAACAAGUAGGCCACCGUGUAUUUAAUUUCUGUCUGUGGUCUUUGAUCUCUCUUUGAUUUCCAACCUUUUAUAUAAGUGUCCCUUCAAGAGUUGAAGCACCCGAGCAGAACAAAAUUCACAUAUCUCUUCAUAAUCUGACAGCUUGGUUACUUGUCACAUUGAACCCCAUUAGAAAUGUAACUUUUCAGUGUCACCUUGAUCGGUGUCUCCCAGCAUAUCGUUUUUUUUAUUAAAAUAAAAAAAAUAACAGAAUAUCUACCUGGAAAAUGGAGGUCCAGUUGGAUGCUAGAGGAAAGCCGUUACAACAAAAGUAGCAGACAAAAAAUGCUUUCAGACCUCACUGCUGUUUUUGCUUUGUGUAGUUGGGACAUGUGCUGCACCUUGAGGUACAGAUCAAAAAUAAGGCUGCCGAGAAGCUGGAGGAGACGCCUGUGAUUCACACGUCAACCAUAACCAUCCCUAUGGUAAUCUUUAGCAACAUAACUCUUCUUUUGCUUCCCUAAACCAAGGAUAAUCUUUAGCAAUGUUAAGGUAGUCUUCAGUAUCUCAAGGCUAGUUUUAAGCAUAUCUAGGCUAGUCUUUAGCAUUCCUAAGCUAAGCCUGAGCAUACUUAUUAGGAUCAUUUUUUAGGUUCGCUAAGCUUGUCUUUAGCAUUCCUGAGCUAGGCUUGGGUGUGACUAGGCUUGUCUUUAGCAUUGCUAACUAGUCUCAAGCAUCCCUCUGCUAGUCUUGAGCAUCAUUAGGCUACUCUCUAACAUCCUUUGGCUAGCAUUUAGCAUCAUGGCUUGUCUUGAGCAUGCCAGACUAGUCUUGAGCCUCAUUAAGCUAGUUCUCUGUGCUUAAAUCUAGCAUCCCCAGCUAGUCUUAGUUUCUUCUUGGGUACGCCAUGGCUAGUCUUGAGCAUCAUUAACCUAGCUUCUAGCAUCCAUAGGCUAGUCAUUAGUAUCCCAAGGCUUGUAUGUAGCAUACCUAGGCUAGUCUCAAGCAUCCUUAGGUGGGUCUUUAGCAUUCAUAGGCUAGCGCUGAGCACAUCUUGGCUAGCAGUCAGCAUCCCUGGGGUAGUCACUCUAAUUUCUAAGGAACAUUUAAAUAUACACUGUCUGUAAUACAGUUUACGGCUUAUAACUCUCAACCCACAAGCACAAGAACAGUUUACGUUGUGCCAUAUUACUUUUUUUUAAAUGAAAUGUAGUUUUGUAUGUGGAAUUCACUCAAAGCUACAGUGCAGGACUUAGAAAUGUAAAUUAACAUUAGGUUCAGGCAAGAAAAUAAUAUUUGAUUUGCAAAUAUGGUCAAACAGCGUUGGGGGUCGACUCCUCCUCCGAUAGACAUUCGUACGUGUCAACAGUGUUUGUGUAAUUUAUCUCACUGCCAAGAGGGGAAGACAAACGUUCUGCACUGUAGCCGUAAAUAUUUAUAUGAAUUGUCAUAUCUUAUGAAUUCUUAUUUUUGUUAGUGUCUAUCUGCAUUUUGAUUUAUUCAUAAACAAUAAUGCGCACCUGCAUCUUAUAAACAGUGUAGAUUCAAAUAUUCCUCAAAGCUCCUACAAACACUAACGUAUUUAUUAACUAUUGUUGCUGUGUGAAUAACUCGCCUCCUGAUCGGCCUCUAGGUUGUCUUAUUUUUGACACUGCUCCACAGGUGAGAGGUGGUGUUACCCGGAUUCAAAAAAAUAAAAUAAAUAAGAAUAAAAAAAAAAAAACUGAACAGCUAGAGUAGGAACUUUGUGUUGGGCACAGUUUUCUAAUCGUACUCUGUGGAUAUAUGACAUGUAUUUGAUAUGAAGAAACAUUUGUAUCGUGCCUGCUACUGUCAGUGUUAAUUCUUUUCUCUUUUUUUUACCGCUCUAUUGUAAAUGCGCUACAGCUACGAGGAGGAGAAUUAAGACGUUUUAAGUAUCUGAAUUAUCCACUUACUCAGCUCUGAUUACAGUAUUUAAACUGCUAUAUGCACUAAAAAAGGUAGCUAGAUGAAUUAAUCGCAGUUGUUAAAGAAGUUAGCGAGGCUGCAGCAGCAAAGAUCCUGCGUACUGAAGGAUGUUUCGAGGAGGGGUUUGUGUCAUGGUCAGAUGACGGUAAUCUGACAUCACCGAGGAACUUUUAAACCUGAGCUCUGAGCACACAGGACUCAUCAGCCAGUUGAGUUUCAGCUUCGUUAAAUGCUCCACAUUCACUGUAAAAGUUAUGGCAAAAGUAUGUGAACACGCAAAUGUUACGGCUCCGAAUUAAUUUGCUAAUGUUCGGACGUGAGAGGCGCCAACCUCCGCGCAAAAUCCUUUUACAGUACAUUUCCACAAAUGUCCACUAGAGGCCGACUCUGAGUAGACAUAAAAAAACUACAAAUGAGUGAAUAAUUCUUUACUGCCUCUCUAUAGCUGAUUUCUCCAUUAAUUACAACAGAUUUUCAUAUAACUGACCAGUUUAAAUCAUGUUAAGGGUUAAAGUUACGAUUCAUUAAGGGCGUGGCCUCUUUGACAGGUGGGUAUAUUCUCACAGGUUGCUAGCUAGCCUUAGCUCAACUCACGCUUCACCUCUUUGACCAUUGAAUUAGCUGGGUGACGCCACACUGAGCUUCAAAACUUCUAUUCAGCCAAUAACUUUAAAAAAUAUUGAGAAGAAAGUCCAACAUUGUGAGUUUGAUCAUUUUUAAAUUAGCUAGGUCUGUCAAGGUGGCGACGGCCAGAGGCGACACGCUGAGCUUCAAAACUGCUCUCGAGGAGCAAUUUGAUUUGAUUUCACACCGUAGUCUUUAUAAAAUCACUGGACCCACUGAACAUGUCCACAUACUUUUGGCCAUAUUUCACUUUUAAGGCCCAGCUAGUCACAUUUUAAUUUCGGAUUAUUUUCCUCAUUUUUAUUCCAGCCGCAGGUUUCACAUAACCACGUAACCUAAAAAUCCAGUCCGCGUGUUGACCAGUCCUCGUGACUCAUUCCUCGCAUUAAUUGAUAUGAGUGAAACAGCUUCUUGCAUGCACCUCAUGUAAGGUUGCCUCCCUUUGACAACGUGGUCUCCUUGUAUAUCCUGUUUAUAUAUGCUUUUACUUUGGAGGGAUGUACUGUUGUGGGAUUUGAGGGGUAGAAAGCCGUGUGAAGGUUUUAACUGAGGGAGUGAGACACAUUGUGCUUGCAUGCUACAUCCUCGGCGCUUUAGUUCGACCACGUUUCGUCUCUGUUGCUGGACAGACGUGGACGCCGGGGGACGAGCUGAGGGACGAGCUGAUCCCGAGCGUCGGAGAGCUUUCUGCCGUAACAAAAAACUGGUCACCUUUGUUUUUUUUCUUUUUCUUCUUUGGUUUCUUCUGAGGCUGUACAGUUGUGGAAAUGUGAUUGUUCUCGUUAUUGUGCAUUUGAUCAAUAACUGGUUUAUGAUGAUUCUUGUUGCUGUAUAUGUGUAUUUGAAAAUAAAUGCUAUGAAGUCAC